AACAAAAGUGUUGCGUUUAUAUUUCUGUUCAGUGUAUGUCAAGUGUUAUAGUAUAGUGUGUCAAAAAAAAUGCACAUUACGGUAUUUUGAUAAAAAGUCAUAAAAAAGUAUGUUUAAAAAAAGUAGUAGAAAAGUACGUCACAUGUAGAAAGUCAUAUACCUCACAUGUUUGUUCCUCCUCAGACGAUGGUCCUGGCGAGCGGCGGGCAGGACGGAGCCAUCUGCCUCUGGGACGUCCUGACGGGGAGUCGUGUCAGCCAUGUUUACGGUCACCGUGGCGACGUCACCUCGUUGGUCUGCACCAACUCCUGCGUCAUCAGCUCAGGACUGGACGACCUCAUCUGUAUCUGGGACCGAAGCACCGGGAUCAAACUGUACUCCAUACAGCAGGAGGCGGGCUGCGGGGCCAGUCUGGGGGUCAUCUCUGAGUCCCUGCUGGUGACGGGGGGGCAGGGCUGCGUCUCCUUCUGGGACCUGAACUUCGGGGACCUGCUGCAGACGGUGUAUUUGGGCCAGAGCAGCGACGGGCAGGGCGUCCGGCAGCUGCUGGUGCUCGACAACGCCGCCAUCAUCUGUGACUUCGGCAGCGAGCUCAGCCUGGUGUACGUGCCCUCGGUGCUGGAGAAGCUCGACUGACGAGGGACGGAGAAAACAAACAAAAACUCAAAACUUUUUUUUGCUCUUUUCUUGUUUCUGACCCAAAGGAGCCACGGUUUGUCGAACAGUUGCAUAAAAGGCUCUUUUUAUUUGUAUUUUCUUGUAGCACAAGCCCGGAUGUAGAAAAACAAACGGACUGAUUGUGCGUCCUGCUGCAUUUUAUCAGAGGAGGGAGCGUGACAGACUCUCGAUCCUGAACGUUUUUAACGAGGGUCAGUUUUAAGAAAAGCUGGAUGUUUUAAAGAGGAUCCAUCGGUCACCAGUUUGUGCUUUUUUUGGUUUGUUUUUUUAAUGCGUGUGUUUAUUUUGUGGCUCUGCCCUCUAUGCUGCUUAUACGGGUGAGGCUGUACUGAGACCUCACCCGCCCAGAGAGGGAGAUACAACUGUCUCCUUAUUUUGUAAUAUUCCUGCUGCCUCUUUUUGCAGCUGUGCAGGUCUACGGUGUGUGUGUGUGUGUGUGUGUGUGUGUGUGUGUGUGUGUGUGUGUGUGUGUGUGUGUGUGUGUGUG